AAGUUUCAAUUCCACCCCGCCCAAAAGCCCAUACUCCAAUAACCCAAACUCUCCCAUCACCCUUCUCCCACUUGUACGGUUCUACCUCGACAUUUCUCCAUCAUCUCUCAGCCCGUCUUCAGCCUUCACGCCACCACUGCCAGGUAAUAUCAUUAUGGAAACACCAAAGAAUCCUUAAUCUUCUAUGGACAACCAAACAGCGUAUUGCACUGCUGAGUUCAUCUAUUGCUUUCUCAUUUCUAGGUAGAAAAAAAAAAUCAUUGCUUGGAGAUCCCCAAGGGGAGGCAACUAUGUCGUUCAUGAAAGGAGAUUUACUUACGAGAACUAGAAAGCUGGUGAAGGGCCUAGCCAAGGCCGAGCCUGUUUGGCUCAAAGCCAUGGAAAAGGCACCGCCUGUAACAUUUCCUCGUGCAAAUGCAAUUCAGAAAAUCACUCUCCCAGAGGAUGUUUACAUAAAGAAGUUUUUCCAGAAGCAUCCAGAUUCCAAACAUGAAGAUGCCAUAAAGAUUUCUUCUUUUGAUCCUCCACCAGCCCGUAUAUUUGGUUUGCGGGUGCUUGAGUUGAAAGAGCAAGGGGUUUCUGAGGAAGAAGCAAUGGCAGUAGCCGAUAUGGAAUACCGGAUGGAGAGAAAAGAGAAGAAGAAGGCAUAUUCCCGCUUGAAGAAAAUUGCACACCUUCAAGGGAAGAGGCCUCCUCCCAACCCAUAUCCCAGCGCUAUCAAGGAAAUACAAGCUGAGGAGAAGAAGUAUGUUCGCGACCGCUUUUACAAUCCCAAAAUUAUUCAACUUGUAAGGAAAUUGCAAGAGGAGAAGGUAGCUGAAGCGCAGGAGAGAUUCAGAGGAGGAGGAGGUUCCUGGUAACUCAAAGUGCCAUCUUUUGAUAAUAAUUUUGGUCCGUUAGUUCUUGAGAUUUCUUACUGAUUGGCUUUAGCUUUUGAUCAAGUAUUAGACAAGUGCAUUGGAAAGGAUUCUUAAAUAGUUUUCUUUCGCAACCAUUUAUCGAAGGUUGAUGAAAUGCUAUACAUUUGUGAAAAUCACGUUAUAUGAUUGUUACAUUUUCCGAUUUGUGUAUUUUUAUGAACUGCUUUUCCUUCUUGCUCACUUGCAACUUCUUUUGUAAGGCCUUACUCGAUAAUAGUUAUUUCCAGC